CUAUGUGGAUAUCCCAGCCUGGGCAGCCGCGACAGCUGCACCAGCCGCGAAGCCUCAAAGCAUCCGGGACGCACGUCCUCUUCGGUGAAGGCAGUCGCCAGGAUAACAAGUCCAAGCCGACACUCCAGGAAUCAGCUGUGCAGAGGUUGUUCCUGGCGCUGAACGCCAUGGAACUGGGUGCUAACCAGACAGAACACCAGGGAAGAUCUGCACAAGAGCUGAGUCUUGUGAACGUCGUCCUCCGACACAGCUUUAGUAGCUGUGCAUUGAAGGGCUAUCUCGACGACGCACAACACGGGUGGGUCCAGCGCACGGAUUAUGCUAAUGUUGCGGAGGACCUCGAGGUUUACGACCAGAAGGCGAGUAUCUAACUCGC